AUGAAUCAGACUUUUGGAGAAUUAGAACAGAAAAUUCGAGAAGCUUCACGGUCGGAAUCCAGUGAUCGUGUUUGGUAAUGCCACCACGCUUAUAUCUAUUAUGUCUGGUUUUUUUGUAAAAUACGAGAAAAUAAAUUUUUGCUUUUUACAUUAUAAAAAACUUUGUUUUUUAUUAAAAUUUACAUUUCUUCUCAAAAACGACCAUUUUUCUUUGAAUUCUUAUGGAUCAUAGUUUUUUUUAUAAAACUAGUUUUUUUUUCAGUUCUGAAGGCUACAAACCGAUCCCGAAAUGGAGUGCCAAUCCCGAUGACUUUCGCUUCCUGUGUAUGUUGGGCGGCGGAAGUUUUGGAGAUGUUGUGAAAGCAAAAAAUGUGGUUGAAAAGCAAUAUUGUGCUGUAAAACUGAUUGAUCUGUUUGCUGGGACGAGGUAUAUUGUGAGUUUUAGAUAGGUAUUGAUUUGGUUGAGCAAUACAUUGAAAAAUAACCCGGAAGUAGAUCUGCAAGGGGCUCCGGGCUGUCAGAUGUGGGUCGGGUCCUUAUAAGUUUUUUGGCCGGAAUAGUAAAGUUUAGGUAAUAUAAAAGUGUUUCUUUUUUUAUUUUUUUCAAUACAGAAGCGAUGGAAAAAAGAACUUGUUUCCGGUUUUUUAAAAUUUUAUUUGAAAAUUAAUUUUUUGGCGGAAAAAUCUAUUUAAACUUUAUAAAUCAAUAGUUUAAGACCAUGUAAAGUAAAAAUUUAAAAACCUUACAGAUAGAUGAAAUCCAAACAAUUUCAAACCUAUCACAUCCAAAUUUGGUCAGUAAUCAUGCUGUGGCAUUGAUAAAUAAGACAGCCGUAUUCAUCGUCAUGCCAUUGUAUCGAAGUUUGGAAGACUUGUACGAAAGAAACAUUAAAUUAAAGGUAGUUUACGCUUAGAAAACAUAAGUUAUUUUGUGUUUAUGGAAACUAUUUUCUUGCUGUUUGAGAUUUUAUAGAAAAAAGUUGGGUUAUAAAAGAGUAUUGGAAAAUUAGACGAAAUGUCAAAAUUUUUUAUUGAUUUUUGCUUUUUUAAUAUUUUUUUUUUCAUCUUUAUUUUUAUUUUUUUUAGAUAGCGUCCCUUCGUCGCUACGGUAGUUCAAGACUCCGCAUAAAGCAAGUUAGUCCAGUAAGCGAAGCGACAGCCGGCGAGAUUGUCCAUCAAUUAUUGACCGGUCUCAGUUUCAUGCAUUCCCACGGCUACGUCCACCGUGACUUGAAGUCAGCCAACACUAUGCUGGAUGAAGACGCCACAAUCAAGCUGACCGACUUUGGAAUGGCUAGGAAAUUCGACAAUCGCAAGUCCAAGUACGGCCAGCUGUACACACCGGCUGGCACGGCAUGCUAUAUGGCUCCUGAAGUAACGCUCCGCAUGAAUCGUUUGGAUUAUCAGAGCUACGACAUCAGGGCUGAAACAUGGUAUUAAUUUUAAGGUUUUAAACGAAGUUUCAUUUUUUUAUUUUUGUUUGAUGUUGAUAAUGUUGUAGGAGUAUUGGUGCUGUCAUGUGCGAGCUGUUAACUGGUGCUUUGCCAUUUGAACACAUACUGGAAAUGGAUGCGAAAUACUUGGAUGUUGUGAAGGGGAUUAGAAAUCAAGUUAGUUUUUUGUUUAGUCGAGCUUGGGCUGGGAAAUUGAGUUUUUUGAAGAAAUGUCACGUUUUUAUCGGUGUUUCGACGGGUCUUUUUGACUAGAUUUAGGCUUAAGAAACAAAUAAUUGGUCUAUUUGAAGCAACUGUAGCUUUAAAAACGAUCACCUAGAAUUUGGACGAAAUGCCACAAAUUUUUUUAAUUAUUUUUUCUUAUUUUAUAAGACGAAAUUUCAAUUUUAUUGAUUUUUCCUAUAAAUUUCUAAAAAAUGCUAGCAUUUCAGAAGCAUCUGAACUGGUCGGACAUGUUUUCUGAAGAAGUUCAGGAAAACUUUGUGUCACAAAUAUCUCCAGAAUGCAAGAAAUUCAUCGACAAAUGUCUGGUCGGUAACUUUAUGAAGCGGCGCACCUGUGAAGAAUUAUUAAAACUGGACUGGAUCAGACAGUUUAAGCACAGCAAGGAGCAUAUUAAAGUAGAGUUAUUGAGAGAAGAUGUCAUACGCUCUCAUGAUGCAUAUAUUCGAGAUUGCAACUACGAAAGCUGGGUACCGGCAUCAGAUGAACCCAACAAGUGCACGGUGAAUAUACUAUUCAACCCGUUGGGAAACAAGGUAUAAUACGUGUGUGGUGUUCUUAAAUUUAUAAAGAAUGAGAAAAUUUUUAGAUUCAUAGGAAGUUGCCGAAAUUUAACAAAAUUUAUUGGAAACGAAAUGCCACUAGUUUUGGUUUAUUGAUUUAUUAGAAAAGUAAAGUGAAAGAUUUAAAAUACAGCUGUAUUUUGUAUACAUAGACAUGAGAAACGGGCCGGGCCGGGCCUGAAUGUUAGGCCCGGCCCGAUCGAAAUUUUGCUCAGGGCCGUCCCGGCCUGGCCCAAUGGUAGGGCCGUCCCGGCCUGGCCCAAUGGUAGGCCCGGCCCGGGCCUACAUUUUUUUUACGUGGAAACGGGCCGGGCCCGGCUCAUUUUUCAGGCCCGGCCCGAUGGGAAUUUUGCUCAAGGCCGGCCCAUUUCUCAUGUCUAUGUAUACAGUUAUAUUAAUUUAUGAUAACGAAAUGUCAAAAAAAGUGACAAAGUGUCUCAAAUUUUAAAUAUUGAUUUUUUGCAAAAAGUUUUGAAAGUGAAAAAGUUGAUAAAAGACGUCUUGUAUAACUUUAAUUUACUUCAGAUGUUCUACUUUUACUUUGACUUUGAUUUGGACUGUAAAAUCGAUCUUCGAGCAUUUCAACAAGAAGCCAGGAUUCAAUUACUCAAAUUGACAUAUCAUAAGUUGAUAAGGUGAGACGAGGCGCUUUUAAUAAAAUAUAUUGAGAUCUUGUUUUUUAUAUUGAUGUUGUUUGUUACCUAAAUUUUAUUUUAGCACAACAGUAUACCUCUCCCUGGCAGACGAACUAUCUAAGUUGAUGUUGAAGUACGCUUUGAAGAAAGACCAAGCUGUUCCAUUGAUUUACCCGCUAGCCAAAACCUCAUCGGACUUUGAUUAUACAGAAAACUUGGCUCAGCAUGCGAUGAUAAUAGUCAAAGCGACGAGAAGAAAGUUUGAGGCCUACCUACAAGAAGAGUGGCCCCAUCUUAUGAAUGAGUACAUUGGAGCUGGCAAAGACUUUGAUGUGAACCUGGACAAACCUUAUGAUAGUAAGGACGAGGGGUACGUUUGACCUUUCCCUGCCCUAUUUUACCCUAUUUACCCUAUACUACCUAUUAUUGUUUUAACAUCAUUUUAGUCAAGAAACGGAUGUAGAAUUGAACACCACGUUUGGAGUAUCAUCGCAAGCAUCAACAUCAUCAAUGCGGUCUUCAUCAUUGUCACAGACUUCAGGCACUACUUCAGAAGGCUCAUCGAACAGUGGCAGAAAAAGAAGAAGGCUUCUGAAGCGAGGACGAGGAAUAUCCAAAGCCAUUUUUGGAAAAGGUCACAGAAAGUCGUCAAGCAGUUGA